AUGUCGCAGCAAGACUCCGAAUCCGACUUCGACGGAAGCAUCUCUCCCACCGACUCUACAUCUUCACAUUGGGAUGAGAACAUGUCCCUCUCCAGUUCUGCAUCUGAGAAUCAAGGGUCAAUCCAUGGACGUGACUGUCAUCAUCUAGGCCACAUUGAAGCCAUCCCCAUCACUCGCAAUGGCAUUCUCAAGCUCAUCUUCAAGGCUUCGAUCACCGCCAGAGAGGAAUGGGGUAUACGCAAUGCCAAUCAUCACGGUCCUUAUCACGAUAUAUGCUUCAAGAUCCCUGGCCCGGGCAAUAACUGGAUCGCCGCACUCACAGAACCAGCGGCAAUGGUUGAGCUAGUGGGGAUGAUGCAGGCGCAAAACACCAAAGGCUACGAAUAUUAUUUGUACUCCAGAUUCGAUCACUAUAGAUCAAAGGAGGUUCAGGAGGUCAUCUUUGAGAGCUUUCUGAGAGGCGAGGAGCAGGGCCGGGUUCCUGAGGGACCAGAGAUGAUUGCAACUCUGGCGGAGAGGAUUGUCGGGUUUGCAGCGCUCGUGGCACCGUGA